AUGGCCAAUGUGGUAGCAAUGCCCGAAAAGUGGCAAUUAGCUUCAUGGAUGAAGAAGGAUGAGCGAUACAACCGGAUACCUAAAGACUGGCUCCUGAAGGACUUACCAUCUUCUAAUGUGACGACUUAUCUCGACAUACCUCGCAAAAGCAAGCUGUUGAAUGCGGAAGAGCUGAAAAUAACGGAGGAAUAUGAUGCCACAUCGCUGGCUGAAGCAAUCAGGAGGAAGGAGUUGAAGUGCGUGGAUGUUACGAGGGCUUUUUGUAAGAGAGCUGCAAUUGCGCAACAACUCACGAAUUGCCUGACGGAGAUUCUAUUCGAUGAUGCUUUAGCGCGUGCUGCAGCGCUUGAUGAUCAUCUCGCUGCCGGAAAACCUCCUUUGGGUCCACUUCACGGCGUUCCCGUGUCCCUGAAAGACACGUUUAAGAUCAAGGGAUAUGAUGCCUCCAUCGGUAUCGCAGCCCUGGUUUACAACCCUGCUAAAGAGAACUCCAUCUUGGUCGACAUCUUGCUAAAUGCUGGCGCCGUGCUGUAUUGCAAAACCAACAUCCCGCAAACCCUUAUGGCGCUGGAUACACACAACAACGUCUUCGGUCGAACCAUAAAUCCCUUGAAUACCCUUGUCACUGCUGGCGGGAGCAGCGGCGGUGAGGGCGCCCUUCUCGCAAUGAGAGGCUCAAUUCUUGGCGUUGGUACGGAUGUCGGUGGAUCCAUCCGCAUUCCAGCGAUGUGCAACGGAACGUUUAGUAUCAAGCCUAGUUGGCAGCGUAUCCCAUAUGCAGGACAAGAAGGCGGUACUCCUCCAGCAGCCUCGAAAAUGGGCAUACCUGCGAGUGCAGGACCCUUAGCUCAUUCAAUGCGGGACAUCGAAUUGUUCUUCCGCGUGGUCUCAGAACAGAAGCCGUGGGAAUUGGAUCCAGAUGUUAUACCUUCUCCAUGGAAUACGGUGCAGUCUUCGCUGGGCAGAAAACUAAGGAUAGGUGUUGUUAAAAGAGACGGCGUGAUUGACCCCCAUCCUCCAAUCCUGCGGCAGUUAGAUGAGGUAGCUGGCAAGAUGAAGGCCGGAGGAAUCGAGGUCGUCGAAAUGGACAUCACGCAUCUAUUCUCCCAAUGCCAGUCCCUCGCCAACGCGCUCUUUAGUGUCGAAGGAGGCAACGCAAUGUUUGAUAUUCUCGAAUCGACGAAGGAGCCGCUUUCCCCUUGGCUGAAAACUCGCAUGCGUCGCAAAGCUCCUCUAUCUCUUGAAGAGGUCAGGGAACUCCAUGCUAAAAGAACAGAGUUACGGAAGCAAUUCCUCAAGAUAUGGAGAGAUGCAAGUGGCAAAGAGAUUGACGCCUUCAUUUGCCCUGUUGCACCGCACCCAGUACCACCAAUCGAUAGAUGGAAUGCUGUGAGCUACACUAGUUCCUUCGUGCUGUUAGAUUAUCCCGCCGGUACGCUGCCAGUGCGAAUGUUCGAGAGUAAGGAUAUGGAAGGCGAAAUGCCAGAGUCAAAGCCCUUGGGAAGCUGGGAUGAGGCGAAUAGAGAGCUAUGGACGGACUUCGACCGCUCGGUCUAUAUUGGCACUCCGCUUUGCGUUCAAGUCGUAGCUCCAAUGCUGGAAGAAAUGAGGUUGUGCGAGGCCAUGGCUGCGAUUGAUAAAGCACUGAGGGGCGAUAAGACACUUUCCGCGAAACUGUAGUAUUAAUGGUACCCCUCCUCCGAACCAUGAAAGGAUGCGAGUAUUCCUUCCCCCAUCAUCGCCAAGAGAGCGAGGCCCAAAUCAAUACAUAUGUCACAAUGUACAUGCUUCUCUGUUCAGCCCCCAAGUACGAUAUACCACUCCUUCCUACCAGUAGCUAAGGAGCAAAGUCACAAUAAACAUGCCACUCCCAAAA